UCAAGGAUCUUUCUCUGGCCGGGCCAAGGCCCGUGGAGAAGUGUGGGGCAGGAGGAGGGGAGCAGGUUUUCUCGGGCCGGUGUUGGGGAGCGGAGGGGAGCGUUUGGUACCGAGGCGUCUGCAGUUGUCUCCGGAAAACUAGAUUUUAAUAUGCCUGGCACUCAGCCCCCGGAAUUGGAUGGGCCUAAUGUGAGGACCCCGAAACCCAACAAGAGGGGGUCUGGCCCAUGCCAUCCCACUCACCCAGCGGUCUCUCCAGGCCUUGACCCCAGGGAUUGCCUCUUGGCGUCUGAAGGCAUCUGAAGGCAUCUGAAUGAAGAUUCUGGGCUUCUCUCCCCAGAUGCGUGAUACUGGGAUGGGCUGGGGAUGCAGGGAUUUAACAGCUGUGGAGUUCCCCAGAGCCCCCUUAGCUCUGCAUUAGAGCAUCAUCAUCAUGUCGAGCUGCCUCUUCCUCCUGAAGGCACUUCUUGCUCUUGGGUCCGUGGCAUCCUGGGUGACUGCAGGAGAGCAUGAGUUUGGCGGUGAGUGUCCUGCCGACCCCCUUCCGUGUGAAGAGCUGUGUGAUGGGGACGCAUCCUGUCCUCAGGGGCAUAAGUGCUGCAGCACCGGCUGUGGCCGUGCCUGCCAUGGAGACAUUAAGGGAGGGCGGGGUGGUGAUUGUCCAAAAAUUUUGGCAGGCCUGUGCAUUGUCAGCUGCAUGGCGGAUGAGAACUGCCAAGCUGGGGAAAAGUGCUGCAAGUCAGGCUGUGGCCGUUUCUGUGUCCCACCAGUCCUGCCACCCCAGCUGGCCCUGAACCCCAACCGGACCAUCAGGUCUAAUUAUGAAUUAGAGAUCCCGGUGCCCUAGCUGUCCUGAGGUGUCCUGAGUUUCUUUGGUGACUCCGGGGGGCUUGUCCUGGUAGCCAGGAGAGGGUGAUGUCCUGGGGCUUGUGACACCCCCAGGGACUUUCAUUGCCCUCUCUGCUCUGUUUCUGUUCUUGCUGCUGCCCUGAGCGUAGGAAACCCAGCCCCGGGCUUGGGCAGUGGGUGUGUGGUGCUUCUUUUCCCCAAUAAA